CCCUCUCCCACUUAAUAGCCGGUAUUAUCCACUCUCUGUCAUUUUACAGGAGGUUAUCCAAACCCCGUCCUGCAGCGCAAACCUUCAAGCAGUAGUUUGUGGGGCAUGUAAGGACGAUCGAUGCAACAUUCCUAUCUUACUCAGCUGCUGGUUAGGCUACUGACUUCACAUGAGGGGUUGCUGAAGAAAUAAGAGGAGGCCGAGGCCGGUCUUCCCCUCGCGUAGAGCAAUGACCUUUGCUCUAAACGUGUAAUUAUUCUCGUUUCAACUUGAAAUAUCAUCCACUAAAUUAAACCACCAUGACGGGCAUAGAUUCUAAGAAGCCAGAUGAGUAUAAUCUAGGGCGUAACUAUGCAGAUGCCUCGAGAUUGAAUCUCCAACACUUCAUGUGGAGAGACGCCAUCAAGUUCCUGUUGCACCCCAUCAUCCAGAUUCAUUUACGUCAUGAGCAAGAGUCAAAACAAAACAGAGAUGAAGGAGUAUUACAAGUAGCAGAUUUGGCAACGGGAACAGGGAUCUGGCUUUUCGACCUUGUCAAGUCAGCCGAGGUCAAUGGACUAAACAUCCAGUUUCAUGGCUUAGAUAUCAGCAGGGCCCUGUUCCCGCACAACGCCUGGCUGCCGAAGAACAUAUCUCUGUCUACGUCGAAUUUACUGGAAGAGCCACCGGAGUCCCUUCACGGCAAGUUUGAUGUCGUACAUGUGCGCCUGGUUCUGUCGUUGAUCGGCAGCGGCAGCCCAAAGCCAAUCAUGCGGCAUAUCAAGAUGCUUCUAAAACCCGGUGGCUACUUACAAUGGGACGAGCUGGACCCGAACAAUCACUAUGAGGUGUUGACUCCGAAGCCAGAUGAAAAGGCACCAAAUAUGACUUCUACUUUUGAAAGAGUCGGGACCAUUGCAGAUUGGAGUUGGAUUGCGAAGCUUCCCGAAACACUACGUGAAGAAGGGUUUGAAGAAGCAUCCCAAAGCCCUCACGAAUCAAACCCUGAAAUGUUCAAGGCCUGGACGUACAUGGACCUCUGUCUGGCUGAAGAGCUUAGCUACCACUUGCAACGCAUGUACGAUGAUGGUGAACAUGGCGAGAAAUGGCGGGGAUUCCUCCCGAAGGCCUACGAUGAAGCCGACGAGGCCCAUGGUGCUGUGCUCAGAGUUCGUCCCACGGUAACUAUUGCUAGGAAACCGCUAUGCUCAUCGUCCCGGGAAUCUCGUCUCUAGGUAGAAGAUGCGUCGGAGUACGCUUUCAAAGGCUCAAUAUCAUCGCUUCUUGUGUCGAUACAACCAAUGGAGUUAAUAUAUGGUCGUCAUACAGCUAGGUGGUGGAAGAAAUACCUUGUCCGUAGGGUAAUAUUUACUUAGCUCGAGAGCUGCGGAGACACAAUCAGAGCUCAGAGGGCAAUACGUAUAUAUGAGAAUAUCAUCCAACCAUACCUACAAACCCGGCAUCAUGGGAAGAAUAAUGCCUGAGGUUAUGGCAUAAUAAUAGCUUCAAUCUAAACCUGUGAUUCAUGUAGGGCUCGUCGUGCAACAGCUCCAAUUUCAUCAACC